AUGGCCUCGUUCCUCCGCAGCUCGUCUUCUUCCCUCGCCGUCGCGGCCCUCAGCCGCCGCGCCCUGACGGCCCCCGCCCGCGGCUUCGCCGUCUCCUCGGCCUCGCGCACCUCGGACCCGCGUGUGCUCGACAACGACACCCUCUCGGGCGCCUCGGUCAAGGCCGACAAGCACGACAAGGACCCGCACACGCUCCAGAAGGAGCACGCCCAGUCGGCCAACGUCGGCGCCGGCCACUCGGGCCAGGGCGGCUCCAAGCUCACCGCCUCGCCCAAUGACGCCCCCACCCAGAGCGAGGACGCCGUCCACGCCGAAAAGCACACAAAGACGCCCGAGCAGCUCCAGAAGGAGACGGCCGAAAAGGUCUCCAAGUCGAGCUAG